AUGUCGAUCCGGGGUUGUUUGGAUGGGAAGGCACCAGAAAUGUUGGCUUGGGAGGAGGAGGAGGAGGAGGAGGAGGAGUUGGAGGAGAAGGAGUUGGAAGAGGAGUUGCAGGAGUUAGAUCAGGAGGAGGAGGACAUGGAGGAGGAGUUGCAGGAGGAGGACAUGGAGGAGGAAGAGGAGGAGUUGGAAGAGUUGGAGGAGGAGGAGGAGGAGGAGUUGCAGGAGGAGUUGGAGGAGGAGGACAUGGAGGAGGGAGAGGAGGAGUUGCAGGAGUUGGAGGAGGAGUUGCAGGAGGAAUUGGAGGAGUUGGAGGAGGAGUUGGAGGAGGAGAAGUUGCAGGAGUUGCAGGAGGAGGAGUUGCAGCAGCAGGAGGAGGAGUUGCAGAAGUUGCAGGAGGAGUUAGAGGAGUUGGAGGAGGAGGAGUUGCAGGAGUUGGAGGAGGAGGAGUUGCAGGAGGAGGAGGAGGAGUUGCAGGAGGAGUUGGAGGAGAAGUUGCAGGAGGAAUUGGAGGAGUUGGAGGAGGAGAGGUUGCAGGAGGAGGAGUUGGAGGAGUUGGAGGAGGAGGAGGAGGAGGAGACUGGCCCACUCAGGGGUAGAUUUAGUGGAGCCUUUCUUCUUCGUCGCUGGUGGGUUUUCCACGGCAGGCCACACGAGAUGUGGAGAACUUCUGAAGUGGCCAAAUGGGGGACACUGUUCCUGAAGAUCUCGGCGCCUCCACUUCUGGCUGAGCCAACUCAAUUCAAUCCGUCACAUCAGCAGAAGUCCAACCUUCCUCAACUUGGAGAAUCCUCCCACGAUCUGGACCCCUUCGACCCAACCGUCUUUCCUGCUGGCUUGAGGAAUGCCGAGAGCAAGCAGCAGGAGGAGGAGGAGGAGGAGAAGAAGCAGAAGGAGGAGGAGGAGAAACAGAAGGAGGAGGAGGAGCAGGAGGAG